AUGGUCCAAGGAAAAGUUUUAGUUGUCUCUAACAGAUUACCAGUAACAAUUAAGAGAUCUGAAGAUGGUUCAUAUGAUUAUUCAAUGUCUUCUGGUGGUUUAGUUACCGCGUUACAAGGUUUGAAGAAAACCACUGAAUUUCAAUGGUAUGGUUGGCCAGGUUUGGAAAUUCCUGAUGAUGAACAAAAAAGAGUUAAUAAUGAUUUAAAAACAAAAUUCAAUUGUACUGCUAUAUAUUUAACUGAUACAAUUGCUGAUUUACAUUAUAAUGGGUUUUCAAAUAGUAUUUUAUGGCCACUUUUCCAUUAUCAUCCUGGUGAAAUGAAUUUUGAUGAAAAUGCUUGGGCUGCUUAUAUCGAAGCAAAUAAGAAAUUUGCUGUUGAAAUUGCUAAACAAGUUGAUGAUGAUGAUAUGAUUUGGGUUCAUGAUUAUCAUUUAAUGUUAUUACCAGAAAUGUUGAGACAAGAAAUUGGUAAUCGUAAAAAAAAUAUUAAAAUUGGAUUUUUCUUACAUACUCCUUUCCCAUCAUCUGAAAUUUAUAGAAUUUUACCUGUUCGUAAAGAAAUUUUGGAAGGUGUUUUAAGUUGUGAUUUAAUUGGAUUCCAUACUUAUGAUUAUGCCCGUCAUUUUAUUAGUUCUGUUUCAAGAAUUGUUCCUAAUGUUAGUACAUUACCAAAUGGUAUCAAAUAUCAAGGAAGAUCAAUUAGUAUUGGUGCAUUCCCAAUUGGUAUAGAUGUUGAUAAUUUCAUUGAAGGAUUACAAAAAGAUAGUGUUGUUGAACGUAUUAAACAAUUGAAAUCCAAAUUUAAAGACGUUAAAGUUAUUGUUGGUGUCGAUAGAUUGGAUUAUAUCAAAGGUGUUCCACAAAAAUUGCAUGCUUUUGAAGUUUUCUUGAAUGAAAAUCCUGAAUGGAUUGGUAAAGUUGUUUUAGUUCAAGUUGCUGUUCCAUCUAGAGGUGAUGUUGAAGAAUAUCAAAGUUUAAGAAGUACGGUCAAUGAAUUAGUUGGUAGAAUUAAUGGUCAAUUUGGUACUGUUGAAUUUGUUCCAAUCCAUUAUUUACAUAAAUCUAUUCCUUUUGAUGAAUUAAUUAGUUUAUACAAUGUUAGUGAUGUUUGUUUGGUUAGUUCCACUAGAGAUGGUAUGAAUUUAGUCAGUUAUGAAUAUAUUGCAUGUCAACAAGAUCGUAAAGGUGUUUUGAUCUUGUCAGAAUUUGCUGGUGCUGCCCAAUCAUUAAAUGGUGCAUUAAUUGUUAAUCCUUGGAAUACUGAAGAUCUAAGUGAUGCUAUUAAAGAAAGUUUAACUUUACCUCAAGAAAAGAGAGAAUUUAAUUUCCAAAAACUAUUCAAUUAUAUUUCCAAGUACACUUCAGGAUUCUGGGGAGAAAGUUUUGUUAAAGAAUUAUACAAAUGUAAUCCUCAAAAGAACUUAAGAAGCUAA